AUGGCGGACGCGUUUGGCUCUACCAGCGAUGACGGGGUGCCGUUGACCAAGCUGGAGAUUGCCACGCAUCUCACCUGCUUCUCCUACACCCCCCAAUCACAGACUAACGCCCGCUGUCCUCCUUCCCACAUCCUUCUCAUAAACGCACUCUCCGCCCCUCGCCAACACCAACCUUUGGCUCACCGACUUCGCACUCCUACAACACCCUCUGCACCUGCUUCUCCUGCACCAAUUUAUGCUCCACCGACUCCCACCCCCACAACGCGGGUGCACUAUUCACCCCAGCAGAGGCUGCAGGCGAAGGUGAGCGAGGCUGCUGGGUGCGCCGUGGCAGUUAUCUUUCUCAAGGGCGAGUGGGGGGAGAAGCAGGUGCGUUGUGCCAAGGAAGUGGGCUGA